UCCGCGACGGAUUUCCAAGAUGGCGGAAGGAGCCAAGCGGCCCGUGAAGAAGGUGAUGCAGCCGCUGGUUAUCCCGAGGAACGCGGCCGAAGAACAGCGCCUGAAGCUGGAGCGGUUAAUGAGGAACCCGGAAAAGCAAGUUCCAAUCUUGGAGAAACCCAGGGACUGGGCUCCACGGCCACCACCAGAAUUUGUUCGUGAUGUUAUGGGAUCUAGUGCCGGUGCAGGCAGUGGAGAGUUCCAUGUCUACAGACACCUACGUCGAAGGGAGUAUAUGAGAGAAGAAUUCAUGGAAAAGCAAGCAGCACAGCAACGUCUGGAGGACGAAUUCCAGAGGAAAUUAGACAAUAAUCGGAGAGUAGCGGAAGAGAAGACAGAGAAGCGCAGGAAGAAACGUCAGAAGUUAAAGGAGAAGAAAAUAUUGGUGAAGAAAGCCAAGAAUGAGCUGACGAAAACUACAGAAGGACCUGAUGAAGAUUCCAGCAGUAAGGAAGAGGUGAAAACCUCAAAAGAGAAGGUAGACGAUAGUGAAGAACUCAGCUUUGUGAUGGGUGGUCGGUGACCUGAGCCCUGAUGAAACAAGAACUCAAUCUAACACGGGAAUCUGAGAUUGUGGAAGAUUUGUUCAUCCAAUACUUCUGAACCCAAAAUAAAAAUAUUUGCUGGAAAUACUCAGCAGGUCUGACAGUAUCCAGGGAGUGAGAAACAGAGUUAACGUUUCAGUCCUUCUGUCAGAACUAUUCUUUUAAUUUCAGAUUUCCAGUAUCUGCGGCAUUUUGCUUUGGUACUUUGAACCCAGGCUGCCUUUUCUAAGCAUAGAACAAGCAAAAGAUCUAUCUUUCAAUUUUGUGUGAAGUAAUUUUUCUGGAACAUUUGAUAUUCAAAUGGAAAAUGCAUUUGUAAGUCCUGACUCUUGUACAGUGUAUUUAACAUAAAAAAUUAGUAAAACAUUUUAUACAA